AAAACACUUGUGCUGCACGCAGAUCGAGAAUUACAUCCUAGGAACAUCGAAAUGCAUAGGGACAAAACAGGACCAUCUCACCGCACACUCUAACGACGUGGAUCGUAUUAUAUCGCUAGCCACUCUAUUAAAUCAUACGAAUCUUCAGAUCCGCGACCAUACCUUCCAUCCAUGAUGCCUCCCAGAACCGCGCCUCAGAAAACACUCGCAGAGCCGACCCUAUAUUUCGCCUUCGGCUCCAACCUCUGGCUCUCCCAAAUGCGCACCCGCUGCCCCUCCUCCGCCUACCUCGGCGUCGCGCGCCUGCACGGCUACACCUGGAUAAUCAACGAGCGCGGCUACGCCAAUGUCGUCGAAUCCAAAGCAAGACCAAUAGCAAACACAAAACCAGACCACGUCUACGGCCUCGUCUUCAGGCUAGACGCAAACGACGAAGCGAAGCUAGACAAGAACGAAGGCGUCCCCAUCGCGUACACGAAGGAAUGCCUGUCCGUUGACUUCUGGGCCGCGCGUGGGCCCAACGAUAGCGUCGACACAACACGCCCUCCCACUGAAGUAGGGCAGGAUAUGCUGGUCUAUAUUGACCGGCGCCGCGUCACCCCAUCCACGCCCAAGGACGAAUACGUCUACCGUAUCAACCGCGGGGUGGAAGAUGCGGUUCGGUUGGGUGUGCCGAACGCCUACAUAGAGGGUACGGUGAGGCGGUUUGUUCCCGCCGAGGAAGAGGGAAAUAAGGGGAGGAAGAGUGUAGAGGAGGUAGCGAAGAAACAGGCAGCGGGAUUUGUAGAUAAAGCGUUAGGUGUGGAUGGGGAGAGUUGAGGGAAGAGGGAUGGAGGUGGAGUAAACGCCGUCACUUGUCAUAACGCAACAGAACGAGGUGCAAUAUCGGGCAGAACGAGGGCAGUACAUGAGCGACCAAAGUGAAUGCGUUUUCAAACUAACACGCAGGAAUAACAGUCUCCCUCGCUCUUGCGAACAAGACUCAAGGAAACGCGUCUGUCUUACACAACCAACGCGGUGGCACCAUAUCGAAUGGCUAGGC